AUAAGUAACCACAUGUUUGCUUUAUGUGUGUUAAACCACGGAUAAAUCUAAACCUGACACAAGACACCACUGACGUACCCAAACAAACUUAAUUGGGUCUUGUUGAACCUGCUAAUUCCGAGUUACCAUGAACGUAGCAUUCAAGAAAGGACAGCAGCAAAUAUUUUAGCAGGAAAACUGACAACUUCCCUCACGUUGACGUGAUUUUAAGAGUUGUUAGGUGGUGUCGGUCUUCAUAAACCAACAGAACCGGAUCCGAACCGAUCCUGCGGGAUGGCUGGCUUGUCUUUAACUGUCAGACUGUGUUGUUUGGACCGCAGGUUGAGUUCAGUAGCAGCCAGGACGAUCCGUACAAAAGGUCCCAGUAGGUUGAGUCCAAUUGAAAGUUCAGUAUCUUUGUUCAGACAGGAGUCGUUUCUCCAGAGGAUAAUAAUAAGAGGACUGUUUGGUGGUGGAGGUGAAUCCGUUCAGCCACAGACUCUGCAGGAUGUCGCCGAAAACAUCCGAGAGCGGCGCUGCAAAAGGGUGGUGGUGAUGGCCGGAGCCGGGAUCAGCACUCCGAGUGGCAUCCCAGAUUUCAGGUCUCCAGGCAGCGGCUUGUAUGACAACCUGCAGCAGUACGACCUGCCGUACGCUGAGGCCAUCUUCGAGAUCGGAUUCUUCCAUCGAAACCCAAAUCCCUUCUUCGCCCUGGCCAAAGAGCUGUACCCGGGUAACUACCAGCCCAACCUGACACACUACUUUGUCCGUCUGCUUCACCAGAAGGGCCAGCUGCUGCGGAUGUACACGCAGAACAUCGACGGGCUGGAGAGACUUGCAGGAGUUCCUCCGGAGAUGCUGGUGGAGGCGCACGGCACGUUUGCAACGGCCACCUGCACCUCCUGCCUGCGGAAAUAUGAUGGCGAGGAGCUCAGACCAGAGGUGAUGAGCGGGGCCGUCCCUCGGUGUCCCACCUGUAAGGGCGUGGUGAAGCCUGACAUCGUGUUUUUUGGGGAGGAACUUCCUCUGAGUUUCUUCAAGUACCUGACGGAUUUCCCGCUGGCCGACCUGCUGAUCGUCAUGGGAACGUCGCUGGAGGUGGAGCCGUUUGCCAGCCUGGCCGGAGCCGUGCGCAGCUCCGUGCCCCGCCUCCUCAUCAACCGGGACCUGGUGGGGCCUUUCGCGUGGGGGCGGCGGCCUCAUGACGUCACGCAGCUGGGUGACGUGGUCACCGGCGUGAAGGAACUGGUCGACGCUCUGGGCUGGACUCAGGAGCUGGACGCUCUAAUGGCGGCCGGAAGUCAGGAAGUUUGAUGAUUUUUAUGGGUUUUUAGAUUUGUUGAUAUUUGUUGAUUCUUCUUCUGACUUUUGCUCUGAUUUUCAGAGCAGAAGAAACUGAGCGGAACUCGGUUCGUUUGCUCUCAGUUUUAUGAGAAAUCAAAGUCUGUGACGUACGACGGUGUAUGAGAACCAUUGUGGAUAAUAAUAAUAAGAGGAGUAAAUUUCCCCCAAAAAAC